CAUAUUUUACGCUUCGCUCCUCACGGCUCACCAACCAUGAGCACUCAGAUCCAGCAGAAUUAUUCCGCCCAGAUGGAGGCUGCACUCCAGCGCCUGGUGAACCUGCAUCUGCAGGCCUCCUACACCUACCUCUCUCUUCGCUUCUAUUUUGAAGGAGGCAACGAUGUAGCUCCGAAGGGCAUGGGCCGCUUCUUCCAAGAGUUAGCUGAGGAGAAGCGUGAGGGCGCCCACCGUCUCUUUAAGAUGCGAAACCAGUGGAGCGGCUGCCCCUUCCUUCAGGACUGGCAAGAGCUGUCCCAAGAUGGGUGGCGUGGCAGCGUGGACGCCAUGGAAGCCGCCAUGGCCUUGGAGAAGAACCUGAACCAGGCCCUUUUGGAUCUGCAUGCCCUGGGGGCCGCCAACGGAGAUCCCGGUCUCUGUGACCUCCUCAAAAGCCACUUCCUAGAGGAGGAGAUGAAAGUCAUCAAGAAGAUGGGCGACCACCUCACCGACCUCCGCAGGCUGGCUGGCCCUCAGGCCGGGCUGGGCGAGUAUCUCUUCAAAAAGCUCACCCCGCAGCACAACUUGGAGCCUCCCGUGCAGUGCCCAGCAGCCUUUGAGGAACCCGUCUGCAUUUACCCAGUGUCAAGAUGUCCGCUCGAGCUUCUUUCUUCAGCCAGAACGCAACUUUUCAACCAUGCUGACAAGCUUGCCUAUGCUGUGAGAUCAAAUGGAAACAAAAAAGGUUCUUUUUGCAGGAGUGGGAGGUGGGGAGGAAAGCUAGGCUGUGGGGAAAAAUAUGAAGAAUGGGAGAAAGGUAGCGUGUUUAAUCCUCUAGGUUUUCUAGAAAUUGUACCUAGCUUUUGUGAAUUGCUUGUGUGCAUUGAGGAUCUGAUACACGAUGGUUUCUCUGUUAAGAAAAAUGAACUUACCUAUUCAUAA